ACAUAUAUAUCUUUUGACUUAUGAACUUGGUAAAUUAAGCAUAAAAAAAUACAGAAAACAUAUGUAUAUGUAUAUGUAUAUGUGUGUAUGUGCAUUUAUUGUCGCGCGCCCACACACACAUAAUACGUUUACAUGAACAAAUAUACACAUAUACUACAUACACGUGUACACAGACCGAGAGCAUAUAUUUAUAUACGCACAUAUACAUGUGUAUGUAGGAAAAAUACAUACUUUCCUCCUUUAACUGUCCAAAACUUCUUACACACCUAAACUUUGCAGGCAACCCUUUACCUCCCUGAUCUUGUUUGAAGUGAAUCAAUUACUCCCUUGAGUGAUGACAUGGCAGAAAAAGCGUAAUAACUUUCUUGGAAGUGCGUGAGAGGCCAAAAAAGUUUAAUACUAGCGUCUUUUUUAAAUAAGACACUACACAAUUAAUAAUUGUUACUCUUAACUCUUUCCCGUCUUUUUCAUCUUGAGGACUUAGCCAUGGCAGGCUGGAAAACCCACCACCGCCAUACAUCCUCUUCGGCAAAAGAGAUUUUCUCUCUUUCAUACUUUUGCCUACCUAUCCUAUAUAAUUCAAUGUUUUGAAGUAUCUCCACAUAGAAAUGAACAAGAGGACAUGGGGUGGGGUAGAAUGGAGUUUUCCGGAUCGUCUUUUAAGGAAAAAAUGGCAGAACUGAUUUCUUUCAACCGAAAUUUAUGGGUUUCUGGGGAAUUAAGAUGAUAUGUCACCCGAUAAUGGAACAUCAAAACAUUGCUUAGCCUUAUUAAAGCUGGAACAAUGCCGUUCAAUUUAACCUCAUUAAGGCCCCAUUUAUUUUUAUUAAGAUUAAGAUGUUUGAAUCUGAAUACAUAUCUGAUUAUUAAGAUAUUGUUUCCAAAUCUGAACACUGAACAAUUAAGACCGUUUGUUUUUUCAACGGAGGAAUAUGUGUAAUUUAUCUUUGUUUAAAAACUAGUAAAUAUAAUAUUCCAAUAGCUAAUAAUUAAAUGUUAUAUCCGCAGAUUUUUGGAGAAACUAUUAAUAUAUGGUGCUGUAAAAACUAUUUGUUUGAUGAAGCAAACUCUAAAAUGUAUGAUUACCAUUUAUUUACCUUGUUUUUUUCCAUAAAUGAAAGUGACCUAUUAUUUAGGCGAAUCAAAUAACAUAGAUUGAAAAAGAUAUGAAGAAGAAGUAUCACGAUAUUAAAAGUAUGCACAUAGAUAGAGGUUGAUAAUUUACCCUAUAUUUCGUACUAUUAGUUUUGUUAUUUUUCUGUAUUUUGCAUUAAUUUGGUUAAAACAAGUUGACCAUUUCAUUUUUCAUGGACAACCUUCCGGUUUAAACGCUUUUCUUCUUUCCUCUUUGAAAUUGUCCAUCCUAUUGUUUCUUUUUUUGUAUCUCCAGGAAAAUAGGUAACCAAAAAAAGGAAAAAAAGAAAAGAAAAAAGAGAGAUAUUGAUUGCAUGAUCUCCAUUAGAGGAGGAGGAGGAGGAGGAAGAAAAGAAUCUGAAUGAGAGAAAAAUGGCGACAAUGAAAAAAAAAUAGAGAACAUAUUAGAGUAAUUAGGGAGGGAGAAGGGAAACGAAAAGAAAGAAGAGAAGAAAAGAAACGACGGAAAGGAAAUAUAGGCAGAUCGUUUUGUAGAGAUAUAAAAGGGAAAAGAUUUGAAGAGGGACAAUGGAGGAGAGGAAGGGGGAUUUGAGGGUUCCUCUGAUCUCUUCCUUGUUCUGUCUUUGUGUAUUAACUGGUGGUGUCCUCCUUGUUCUUUACCUUUUCGUGCCAGAUCACUCUCAGCCAUGGUUUCCUGCUGCAGGAUUGAUCUUGGUUGGUUCUCCCUACAUAUUUUGGCUCCUGACUUACUUCUACACCUGCUUGAAACGCUGCUGUUUUGGCGAUGACAGCAGUGUUGACAACCGCCAGAUUUCUAGGCGGACCUCAAGGGCUUCUACGCUGGGGAAAUCUGGGGUGGCCAGAACUGAUUCCAAGGCAAAUUCUGUUACUUCUAAUAACAGUAACAUCAAUGAUGGUAAACAAGCAAGUGGCCAUAGCCAACAAGAUGGAGGAGAUGCAUCGUCCACCAAUUCUGCAAAGGAAAUUGAGAUGCCUUUAGCCGUAUCAGUUGCUUCUUCAUGAAAUGAAUACUAAUCGAGUAUAUGAAGAAAUGAUCAGGCGAGAUGGAUUGAUAAAUGGCUGUAUUAUGCAUGAGCCUAAAGCAUGAAAGAGAUAUUUGGAUUGCAGAUAUUAUAUAUAAUUGAAGGAUCGUGUCAUCAUUCAGGAGCUAUUUAAGGAUGGUGAAGAUUGCGUGUGAAUGGUGAAUGUAAGUAGAAAUAGCACAAAGAGACGUUUAACUUGUCUUAGCAUUUACGAAAAUUUAACCCCCCC